CUGGGGUUGGCCAACCUCUGAAAUAGUAGCCCGGGCAGUCUCUACCUCCUGGGCACAUCUCCUCUGCAACAGCCCCAGUCAACAAAUGUCCCAUCUUUGCUUAUUCAAGGUCAGCCAUAGGGAGCCCCCUCCUAAGGAAGGUUCUCUCUCAUUACUAGGAAGUUCUUGGCCACACUGUAUCAAAGGCUGCCUGAAAUAUAGUUCCUUCCCAUGGGCCUGAUCAGGCUAAGAGCAGAGUUGUCUCUUUCCUCCUCCGAGUAGGACCAAUUUAUCUCUUAGUAACACCUUUUGACGGCGUUGACCAGGUUUUUCACCUAGGCUGCUGCUGAGCCCACACCUCUUUCUUGCAUGGUGAUGGGAUUAUCAUUGUUUGCCCUUUAGGGGGAGAGAGGAGUGUAAUAAUUAGGUUGUCAUUCUGUAUGAUGUCAUUUUGUCAUGAAUUUGUUUUGAAUUUCAUGUUUAAAAGGGCCCAUCUUUCCCACUUUGUGAUGUCAUUCAGGACGCUCAUUUUGCCUUGGAGCACCUUUAACAUCUCUCCUAGUGUCCCUGGAAUGUGAUGAGCUUGCCCUCAUGUUCCUAUCAGCUACAAAUCCAGAGUCCCAACAUGGAGCCCUAUCAUUGAGCAGAACACCUCUCCACUACCUGUGUAGCCUUGGGUAGACCCCUUAGCCUCUCGGAUUUUGGAGUCCUCAGUUGUGAAAAUGUGAGGGCUCUAUGAAUUUACAUUUGAGGCAGGACAAGGUCAUGAGUGGGGAGGGCAAGGUGUGAGGGUCCAGGCAGGAUGCCUCUCUGCCUCCACCUCACUCUCCUCCACAAAACCCCAGGAACCUGAAGCCUGCCCCUCAAGUCACAGAUUCCUUAUGUGACCUCACUGGGUAGUGAUGACCUCACAAACCUCACAGUUUCCAUGGCAGGAUAACCACGCAAACGCGGUGCUCUUGGGGAGACUUCCCGACUAGUUCUCUACCAGAUACCGAUCUGUUAGGUUGCCUGAGAGAGAAUGUCUGACCGGAUCUUCUAUAUUAACUUGAACUUGUCUUCUGUCCCCUGGGAGGGCAACGGAGCAGCAGCAGUGGCUCCCACUACUCCUCCUACACCUUGUCUAUACCAUGUCCUCUACCGAGGGUGUGGAGAAACCCAGAUGGGCUGGCAUGGAGAGACAUACUGCCUGGUUGGUGGCUGCCGGGCCUAUGGGGAUGCUCCUGUGGCCACCCCAGAAAAGGUGGAAGCAGAGAAGCCAGUUCCCAGGCGGGGGCUCAAGAGACCUCGAGCUGUGGCAGAGCCAGACGAAGACCUAGGCUGCCCCAAACCCAAAAUUCGGCGAUUGCAGCACGGUGGCAGGAGGCAGACCCUGUGGAAGCUCGCUGGCUGAGUCUGUCUGUAGAGAGGGCAAACAUUUAACAGCCUGAGACAUCUAAUGCUUCUUCCUGCAGUGAACCCCACCACCCACCAUUGGAGGUUAGAAGCUGAGCCAUUCUGUCUGAGCCUUUCUCCGCCAGGAGCCUCCUUCCAUACUAACUGGCUACGGGCAAGGAGCCUCAGCAACUGAGGUUUGAAAUGAGAGGCUGCUCUGAGCAUCCCAGGACUGAAGCUGGCCUGGAAGAAAACCUGCUGUUCCUCUGCUCAAUCCUCUAGAGUCCCUUCUUGGGCAGAAGAAAGAAAAGUGUGCACUCUGAGUUGAGGAGGAUGAAGCAGCAGAGAGACGGUGCAGGGCGGCUUUAUCAGGGGCCCAGUCUACCAGAUGGACUCCUGCAUGACUCGUUGCCAGCAGCUACCAGCACAAACCAGAAGGAGCUGGGCUUUUUGAAUCUGCAAGAAGCAAUCUAUGGCUACCCAGUGAGCCUCCUACCUGGGGUCUCAGGAGGCAGAAUGAAGAGACCCAGGAAAACCCGCUCCCUGGAGCAGGAACAGGGUGAAGAGGCAAGCAGCAUCCCCCCUGAG